AACUAAUCCAAAACGACAAGCCUUUUAUUUUUACCAAUAUCUAACUAUCUAUCAAAAUACUGCUGCAGAAAACCAUAACAUUGACAAAAUGAACAAACAACAGGCUAUUAACUUUCUUAUACCUAAACUUAUUGACACUAACUUUCUUGCAUGUAUCAUUACAUAUUUCGAUUGCACUUGCAAUGAAUCCCCUAACUAUUCUGUAAAAAUAAAAUUCUACAAAGAAAAAGCAUUGCCAGAAGCUGAACAAUUUUACAUGAAAAAUUUAACAUCAAAUUUGAAAUACCCACAUCUAUCGCAGAGUCAUUCUUCUUAG